AUAUCAAUGGCAGAAUCCUCCAGUGAUUCAGACUGCUUCCGCUAUCAAGACCAGUUGAGUCGAUGGUCUACAAGGUCAGCUCACAGGAGGACUCGAAAUCACCCCACGGCAGAUGUCACCAAGAAAGUCAACACUAUAACAAGUACUUUACAGGACACCAGUCGGAACCUGCGACAAGUGGACCAGAUGCUUGGACACUAUCGAGAAUACAGUAACGAACAGGCGGGUGCUAUAGAACAUUUAAAAGAAAGCUUGGAACAGUCAAUAGGCCAACUGCGGAGUCAACGUUUAUUGAGAAACUCAGGAGGAAGAAGUGUUUCUGUUACAAGUCUGAGUGCAAGUGACCUGGAUGGUGGCCCUGCAACAGAGAGCCACCGUUUUCCGCCUACCUCACCUCUCAAAGACUAUGUGGAUCCACAAGGUAGUAAACCAAUCAAGUCCAGACCAACUGGUGUCCGGUUUGUUGGAGAGACCAAUGACGUGGGUCAGAUUCAUGUUUUACAUCAGUCACUACGAGACCUCAGCAGUGAACAAAUUCGCCUGGGAGAUGAUCUCAACAGGGAAUUUUCAAGAAGAAUCCGGUCGGAUGCUGAAACAAAAAGGGCUUUGGAAGAAUUGACUGAAAAACUUAAUGUCCAGAGAAAAGAAGUGGUUUCAGAUCGGGUUGAGCGUCGGCUUCAGGAACUAGAAAGAGAGAUGCGCACAGAAAGAGAGUUGGUGGAAAAACGGCAGGAUCAGUUGGGGCUUAUGUCCUUGCAGCUGCAGGAGGCACUGAAGAAGCAAGAAGCUAAAGCAGAUGACAGUGAGGAAGCAAUGAAAAAUAAGCUAAGACAAACGGAAACUGAGAAGAGUCAACUUGAACAGGAGCUGGAACUGUCUCGAAGGUUACUGAAUCAGUCAGAAGGCAGCCGAGAAACACUUAUGCAUCAGAUAGAAGAACUGCGUACACAACUGAUAAAAGCAGAAGGUGAUCGAAAAGGUUUACAACAUCAAGUAUCUCAGAUUUCCCAGCAACAGUCAAACCCUCAGGAUGAACAAGUAGAUGACCGAAGGUUUAGGAGAGGGACUGAGCGGGACAAACAGGAUCUGGAAAAGCAGAUGUCAGAUUUGAGAGUGCAGCUGAAUUUCAACGCAAUGGCAUCUGAAUUAGAGGAAGUAAAGCGGUGCAUGGAGCGAAAAGACAAGGAGAGAGCACAUUUGGCAAUACAAGUCGAGGACUUAACACGUGAAUUGGAGAACAGGGAAAAACAGCAGCUGCAGAUGUUGGAUCAACUUAAGGAGAUCCAGAAUCACUUUGAGACGUGUGAGGCUGAGCACAAGCGUGCUGACCUCCAGAUCUCAGAGCUGACUCACCAUGCGGAGGAUGCCACAAAGCAGGCUGAGCGGUACCUCAGCGAGUUCCAGCAGUCAGAGGCCUUGAGAGAGGAGGCAGAGAAGAGGAGAGAAGAUCUGAAAUCGAAAGCUCAGGAGUCCAUUAAGCAGUGGAAGCUUAAACAUAAGAAAUUAGAGCGAGAGUUAGAGAAGCAAUCUGAAACUCUUGAAGAAUUGACAGACAAGAAGAAUCAGAUCCUGAAAGAAAGGGAUGAACUGAAAAGCCAGGUGUAUGCAGCAUUACAACAAAUAGAAAAUCUUCGCAAGGAACUGAACGAUGUGUUAACCAAACGGGCCAUUCAGGAGGAGGAGCUUCACUGCAAGGAGAAGAAACUAACUGACAUUAAGUCUCACCAAGCCGACCUUGAACAAGAAAUCAAGGAUUCCCUGAACACCAUACAUAGGCUCGAAAGUGAAUUGAAAAAGCAGAGUAAGAUUCAAAGCCAGAUGAAAGCAGAGAAAACUCACCUGGAGGAAGAAAAUGCAGAGCUAAAGAAGAGCCAGGCUGAGGAUAAAGCUAAACUUCUGGAGAUGCAAGAGUCUGUCAAGGACUUGAGUGCCAUCCGAGCGGAUCUCGCUAAUAAAUUGGCCGAGGAAGAGAGAGCCAAGAAAGAGGUGCUUAAGGAACUUUCGGACCUCAAGACACGGGAGAAAUUCAGGGAGGACGAAACAGCUACAAUCAUCAAGCAGUUAAAGCUAGAGCGAGAUGUUCACCAGAGGGAGCUGGAAGACCUUUCAUCGUCACUGCAGAGUGUGAAAACGAAACAUGAGCAAAAUAUCCAGGAGCUGAUGAAGCACUUUAAGAAAGAAAAGAGUGAGGCUGAGAAUCAUAUUAGAACGCUGAAGGCAGAAAACCUAGAAGAUAAGAAUACCACUAAAGUGCACCUCUGGCAGCUGGAGAGGUUGAAAUCACAAUGUGACAGGCUAACACAAGAGUUAGCCCAAAAUGAGGAGGAGAACAAAAAGCUGAAGCUGAAAUACCAGUGUUUGAAGGAACAACUAGAAGAAAAGGAAAAGCAAAUAAGUAAUGAAGAAGAUAAUUUAAGGAGGAUGGAAGAGGCCAGACUGCAGCUGAAGGACCAACUUCUUUGCCUGGAGACUGAACAAGAAUCCAUUUUUGGCAUGAUAGGAAAGGAAAUUGAUACAGUUUGUAAAGCUUUCUGGAAGGACUCAAUGGAGAAACUGAAAGUUUUUUCAUCUGUUCCUGAUAUGCAUUAUGACCCACAUCGCUGGUUAGCAGAAAGCAAGACUAAACUUCAGUGGCUCUGUGAGGAACUGAAAGAGAGAGAAAACAGAGAGAAAAAUCUACGGCACCAACUGAUGCUGUGUAGGCAGCAAAUCAAGGAUCUGACUGAAAAUAAGGAGUCUGAGCUCCAGUAUCUCUUUGAACAGAUAGAGAGGCAAGAGCAACUUCUGGAAGAAAUACAUCAAGAGAAGCGAGAUCUGCUGGAUGAGAACCACAGAAAAGAUGAAGAAAUGGAAUCUCUGCAGGACCGUGUAAAUGCAUUGGAAACGAGUACCCGUGUGGCCUUGGACCAUCUGGAAUCUGUGCCUGAGAAACUGAGCCUACUUGAAGAUUUCAAAGACUUCAGAGAUUCCUGUGGCUUAUCUGAAAGAAGUGAUGGGAGAUAUUCUAAAUACAAAGUGCAGAGAGAGUCUCUUCAGCUGCGUUGCCGAGAUGAUGCCAAGUACAGAAUCAAAAGCUUCAAAGCUGACAAAAUUGUUCCUGAAGGUUCCCAUGCUCAUGGAUUAGAUCAUUCAUCCUCUUGGCAGGGCCACAGUAGCUUCCUGUCUAGUCCACGAUUUUCAUACUUGAACUCAGUUGCCAAAAGAACUGUUUCUUUGGAUUCAACUUCAAUCAAGGAAGACCCCACAAGUUUAACUAUGAAUGAGAAAAGACCGCAGUCCAAAAAGGAACAAUCUGACAACAAAAAUAGCAAAAUGUGUGGCCAGAACCCAUUUUCUUGA